UCUCUCUCUCUCUCUCUCCCUUUUCUUCCCCUUUGUCUUCUUUCAUGAGAGGUGGUUGUGUUUCUCUGUAAGAAAAAAAACCUUCCAUUGAAGAAGGCUCGUCUUUCUUAGAUCAUACAGUCUCUCUCUCUCUCUCUGUUUUAGGUAUAAAUAAGAGCAUAUAUACCAAUAAUGUCCAUACUCACACAAAAUCAUAACACAAAGGCUACGAGAAGAAACCCAACUCUGCAAUCUGCAGAUAUCCAGUUUUUUUCUUUUCAAAGGAAGGAAAUUUCAUUGACUGAUUAAUAAAGUUUCCUCUUUGCUCUCUCUCUCUCUCUCUGAAUCGGAAAGAUGAAUGGUUUGAGUCAUCACGAACAAGAUUACUCCGAGUUCGUCGAAGUCGAUCCUACCGGAAGAUAUGGAAGGUACGAUGAGAUUCUUGGCAAGGGAGCUUCGAAGACUGUUUACAGAGCUUUUGAUGAGUAUAAAGGCAUAGAGGUGGCAUGGAAUCAGGUGAAGCUCUACGAUUUCUUGCAGAGCCCCGAGGAUCUGGAGAGGCUCUACUGUGAGAUCCAUCUCCUCAAAACCCUAAAACACAGAAACAUCAUGAAGUUCCACACUUCUUGGGUCGACACCUCCAACCGGAACAUCAACUUCGUCACUGAGUUGUUCACCUCUGGCACCUUGAAACAGUACAGGCAAAAGCACAGGAGAGUUAACAUAAGGGCGGUGAAGCAAUGGUGCAGGCAGAUACUGAGAGGCCUGCACUAUCUCCACAGCCAUGACCCUCCUAUUAUCCACAGAGAUCUCAAGUGUGACAACAUUUUCAUCAACGGGAACCAAGGCGAGGUCAAGAUCGGGGAUCUCGGGCUGGCUGCUGUCUUGAGAAAGUCCCAAGCUGAUCAUUGCGUCGGGACACCCGAGUUCAUGGCUCCAGAAGUUUUCGAAGAGGCUUAUAACGAGCUGGUUGAUAUUUACUCGUUCGGGAUGUGUAUCUUGGAAAUGGUUACAUCCGAGUAUCCGUACAGCGAAUGUACUCAUCCUGCUCAGAUAUACAAGAAAGUUAUGUCGGGAAGAAAACCGAAUGCGCUGUACAAAGUGAAGGACCCUGAGGUUAGACGCUUCAUUGAGAAAUGCUUGGUGACUGUGUCACUUAGGCUCUCGGCCCGGGAACUUUUAGAUGACCCUUUUCUCAGCAUUGAAGAUGGUGAAUGUGAUUCAAGAGGCCUUGACAUCGGUAGCCAGAUGGACUAUAUUGGCCCUCGAGUUAGGCAGCCUUCAGUAGUUGACUACUGCAAUCGCUUAUUGCGCCGUAAUUCUUAUCAACAUCAGUACCCGAACGGAUAUCACGGUAAUGAUUAUCAGAAUGAAUGGACGUACAACGCAGCUGAGACAGAGACUCAUGGGAUAGAACUCUCUGAAUGUCAGAACGAUGAUCACGAAGAAGAAAAUCCGGAUUCUGGUUUUGUUGACAUUUGCAUCAAAGGGAAGAUAAGAGAUGACGGUGGAUUGUUCUUACGCCUUAGAAUAGCCGAUAAGGAAGGGCAUGUCAGAAACAUAUAUUUCCCGUUCGACAUCGAGACAGACACAGCACUGAGCGUCGCCACGGAGAUGGUGGCAGAGCUAGACAUGGAUGAGCACGAUGCCACCAAAAUCUCCGACAUGAUCGAUGGGGAGAUCGCUUGUCUGGUGCCCGGAUGGCGAACUGGUCCUGAUUUCCAAGAAUCUCCAUGGCUGGACGAGAACUCAAACAUCUGCUACAACUGCACCUCGAACCGAACGUCCAUGGGCUCUGUCAUGGAGUUCCUGAGGAACAACCCUGGAGCCAAUGUCAUCCAAUGCUGCGGAAACGGGUGCGGCUCUACGCACGGGCGGUUCGAGGAAAUCACGUUUGAGUUGAAACAAACCGAGGAACGGCUCAGAGAGAUCUGGAAGCAGCAGCAGCGGCAGCGGCAGGAGAGUCGCGAUCUUAGCUCGUUGGGGUCGGGACAAAACGCAUCAGAUGCAGAAGAGGAAGAGGAAGAAGAAGAAGAGGUGAACUCUCAGAAGAAUGAGGGAAACAUGUUUUCUUGCGAUACAAGCAACGAUCUGUCUGAAAAUAACAAGGAGCGGAUCGAACAAGAGCUAAGAUGGCUCAAAGCCAAGUACCAGAUGGAACUGAGAGAGAUUGAAGGACAGCAACUCAAGUUGCGACAAUCAGAUAACCGGGAUGAGGGGCAAUUUUCCGGUUCAGUUCCGGUUAAGGGGAAGAAAUUGUACGGCGGUGAAAAUUUGCUGCCGAGAUGUCUGAAAAGGACAAGUUCGCUUCCAGUUGACGCAUAAUUCAUUCUUGGUAAUAGUUUAUGUAUACCUUUACAUAGAAAAAUUAUAUAUUUUCUAAAAGCGAUGAUAGAUUAGAGAGAGUGUUGUAGUUCUUUUCCGAAUGAUUUUACAAUAAUACCCCUAAUCGAGGUCUUCAUUUACCUUGGUUUAAUAAAAGGCUUGAGGAAUUCGGGAAUUA